UUCUGUGGCGCGUUCUUAAACCUCAGCGGUCGCCAUGGAGCUUUCGGGAGAGUACGUUGGCCCCGACGGCGAGCAGCAGCGACUGCGGGUACUCUGUGACGGGACCGGAGACGCCGACUCUCUUCAGAACCUGUUGUCGGGUGUGACCCAGAUGAAGGAGCUGGUAUCCGACUUCUUUGGUCCCUUGGUACAGCAGGAAGCGCAGGGCCGCGUGGCCCCAGACGAUACGUUGGACGGUGAUGGUGAAGAUGAUGCAGAAGAUGAAAAUAACAUUGAUAAAAGAACUAACUCAGAUGGACCAUCUGCAAAACGGCCAAAACUGCCUUCUUAGCUAUAACUUAUGAAAUUUUAAAGACUGCUGCUACAUCAGUUAUGAUACACUGAUAUUAAGGAAGACUUAUGCUCCAUUUUGGGAAAGCAUUUAAUUUGUUCCCCUGUGACAAGUUUGUCAGAGAGAAAACUUGCUUCUGUUUCUAGCAGAGAAAGAUAUAAUAAAUGUUUAUGAAUGAAGUCUGUUUUCUUGGGUGAGAAAUUCCAAGCCAUAGAAAAGAAAUAGAAUACUUAAGAAUGUAUAAAUUCCUCCAACAUGGCAACUGAAUUUUUCAACAUUGUUUUGUUCUUAAAAUAGCCAUUGAGUUUAAAUUGUGUGAUGUCUACACCUUUGAAAGAAGGACAUGGAGCGUAGUACUAAGGAAAUGUAGAAUUCUCCAUCUAUAUAGCCCUUAUAUAGACAGCCAGAGAUGAUCCCACUCAGGGUGAAUUAAUCUUCUGACUUAUCUGGAAGCUCGAGACACAAGAUGGGGGAUGUUUUUGUGCUAUAAUAUGGUAUAUGUACAAGUACAAAUAUAAGACCUAAGUAAACCAGUUUUGUUGACUGUAACUUAGCUAUUUCCUCUCCACUUGUAGCCAUACUUUGGCUUUACUUAACAAAGAAAUGUUGAAACUUUAAAAUAUAUAUAUUCCUAAAAUAUA